GGCGGGGCGCGCGAUCGGCGGAGCCGCUGCGGCCGCAGGUUGCAGAGCGGGUGGGAGCCGCUGCGGGCGCGGCACUGCAGCCCUGAUCCUGAACCCCGAACCCGAGCCCCGAGCCUAGCCCGGGCCACAGGCUCAGGAGGCCAGGAUCCAGAAGCUACUCGCCCAGCCCCGCGGAAGACGCCUCGACCGGCAGGCACCCGCUAGCCCACGCGCCACGAUGGUGUGCGGGGGCUUCUCGUGCUCCAAGAACUGCCUGUGCGCGCUCAACCUGCUGUACACCCUGGUCAGCCUGCUGCUCAUUGGGAUUGCUGCUUGGGGCAUCGGCUUUGGGCUGAUCUCCAGUCUCCGAGUGGUGGGUGUGGUCAUUGCUGUGGGCAUCUUCCUGUUCCUGAUUGCCUUGGUGGGGCUCAUUGGAGCUGUAAAACACCACCAGGUGUUGCUAUUUUUUUAUAUGAUCAUUCUCCUACUCGUAUUUAUUGUCCAGUUUUCAGUAUCUUGUGCUUGUUUAGCUCUGAAUCGGGAGCAGCAGGGUCAGCUGCUGGAAGUCGGAUGGAACAAUACAGCAAGUGCUCGAAAUGACAUCCAGAGGAAUUUGAACUGCUGUGGCUUCCGGAGCUAUAACCCAAAUGACACCUGUCCGGCUAGCUGUGCUAAAAGUACCCAGAAGUGCUCCUCGUGUGCCCCUAUAAUCGGAGAGUAUGCUGGAGAGGUUUUGAGAUUUGUUGGUGGCAUUGGCCUCUUCUUCAGUUUUACAGAGAUCCUGGGUGUUUGGCUGACCUACAGAUACCGGAACCAGAAAGACCCUCGCGCCAACCCGAGUGCUUUCCUUUGACGAGAAGACAAGGAAGCCCUUUCAUCUGUUGAUCUUGUUUUCUUUCUCUAAUCUCAAGUUAAACUAAUUUGUUCAUAUGACAAAGGAAGCAGUAUCUGAAAACCAUAUUAUGUCAACGAUGGAAUUAAAUAUUUUACUCUUAAGUUUCUCCAGACAUUUUUUUUUCUUUCCAUUGCUAAAAAAGCAAUUGAAGUUCCCCGUAUUCCCUGGCCCUCAGUGGUCCCUGUAAUCUACUGUUGUUGGUGUCUGGCACUGUCCACCGUGGCCUUUCUUAGCAUUUUUACCUGCUGUAAACUGUGUAUGGCACCCCUGGGUAGAUGAUAUUGUGAACUCAGAUCUUCAUCUCACUGUCUAAUUACCCAGAGCACUUGGGCUCCCACCCAAGACAGUUGAUAUUUUAGGAAGAGACUCUGUUGUGUUCAGUUCAUCAGGGGAAAUCUAAGUUCCUGAUACUUUUUGUCUUUUGGAAAAGCUACAUUAUAGUGCAAAGUGUUAGCACAGAAGUGAUAAUUUAGUUCUAGUAGUCUGUCAGGAUUGCAUCCCUGUGUUCUAGAAAUAGCUAUGUCUUUAGGAAAAUGAAGUUUAGUUUUUGACCUUUUUAGUCAAGGGCAAAGGAAGAUACCAUUUGGGAAAUGCUUUGGUGUGUAACAUCUUCAGCUCUCAAAAUGGGAUGAAUUUGAGGAAGAUAAAGUGUAUAUCUAUAUAAUCUGAUGUAAAAAAAAAUACAAAGUUCAAAACACUGUCUAUGUAAACAACUUGCAGUCAAUACAUUGGCCCAGGCCCAUGUAACAAAUAGAUAUUUGGUUAUCUUUAAAAAGUAACUUUUUUUUUUUCAAGACGGGGUUUCUUUGUGUAGCCUUGGUUGUCCUAGAAAUAGCUCUGUGGACCAGGCUGGCCUUGAACUCACAGGGAUCCGCCUGCCUCUGCCUCCCAAGUGCUGGGAUUAAAGGCACGUGCCACCAUCGCCUGUCAAAAAAAUAACUUUUUAAUGACAUUUCUUGGUAUUGUGACAGCAAGUUGUCAAAUCCAAAUAUAUUUGAAUGUACUACCUCCCAUAAGUUGAGAGAGAAAUGGUGUUUGUGGCUCUGUAUAUUACAUUAAAAAAUAAAAGCUGAAAACCUUCCUUUGUA